CUUUUGGCUGUAAACUAUGAAUAUCUCGCCUAAUAGCAAUUUAGCAUCGGGGUCUGCUAUUAGCACCUCUCAGUCUUCAACUAUGAAUGUAAUGCUCAGUUUGUUGGAGUCAGUUGCAGAGCAGUUUAUUCUGAACAAAGAUUUUGAGACUGUUUUUGAAUCUUGUGAUAGAGCUUUGCAAACCUUGACCAACGGUGAACACGAGGAUGAAAUGUCUGAAGACAUUAAGACUGGCUUUUGCAUCUUGGGGAUACAGGCACUGGCUGAAUUAAAUGAAUGGCGUCGUGCUCUCCCCUGGGUUCUUCAACAGUAUGAUUACCAGGAGAAAAUACCAGCUAAAAUUAUUCAGAUGUGCAUACUACUCUAUUCCAAAGUUGGAGAGGCGGCUGUGAUGAUGGAUGUAACCAGUGUUUGGUUACACUGCGUAGAAAACAACAGGACUUCUGGGUUUGCAACAGUCAUGGAACUGUAUCUGUUACACAUUCUCAUACCCCUUGGACACUUGGAGGAGGCCCGAGAACUGAUUCAAGGAAGAGUGGGGAGCUGUACAUUAACAGAGGAGCAAAGACACACAGCCCUCGAUAUUGUAGAAGAAAAAGAACUUCAAAAUAAUCCUGCACAAAAACCUUCGAGUGGCUCCACAACGUGUCUUCUUAGACCCAAGCCUCAAGGGGCAAUACUGCACAGACUUGGAGCCAUAAUAAAACAUUUGUGCAAAAAAUUGUUGGGGCCAUUUUCUGGCACUUCCCAUCUCUACAAAGCCUUGGUGUUUGCUGUUCUUCUUUAUAUGCUUUUCAUUCGGAUGGAUCCAGCUCUCCCAUCUUCAUUUAUGUGGAUUUCAAAACUUCAUCAACUGAUCAGACAGAUGUGGACUGCUUUGUUUGGACCGUAUCAUCGUGUUACGAAAUAA